AUGUGCAGCAGGAUACCGUUGUUUGCGGCGGUCUUAGGUCUUCCAUUCGCCAUUGCUGACCUCGUCCUUUCCGAUAUCCAACAAACUCCAACGCAGAAAUGGAUUCCUACGCGGACGUCGACGCGGGGUGGCGGAUCGAUAUCGGAGUCUCCAAUUCACAGAUAUAAUGCAUAUGCAUCCCGGAUCACAGCUCCACCUGCUAUACAUCCACAGCAAUUAUUUGCCAGACAAACUGUAGAUGAUAGGCUUUGCGCAUAUGCCAAUGGGGAUGGAGCCUCUCCGAUUUACUGCCCUAGAGAUUACACCUGCACAUUACUCGGCCCUUUUUCUACCGCCUGGGGCUGCUGCAACCCUCGGGGCUGUGUAAACGCACCAAGGACAUGCUUCGAAGAGAAUGAUCCGAAUAACUUCUGUAUUCCUACUGGAAAUAAACCAAAAUGCGCAACAUAUAUCGUCAAAACCAAUACCUUAGACCCGCAAGAUACCGGCGGCCCCGAAUCAUGGUCCUGCGCAGCAUCCUCAACCAAAAUCUUCGUCUUCGUCACCCCAAUAGCCAACGCUGAUGCUCGAGUAACCUAUACCGACAUCGAUACCGAUACCUCAGCAUCAUCUCCCACUUCCACAAACCCACCAAACUCCCAAAACAAAAACAACAAUGACAAAGAUGGCAACGACAACAGAAGAGGUCUAGAUAUCGGUGCCAUAAUAGGAAUUAUAGUCGCUGUUAUCGGUGUCCUAGCUACGGUGAUGGUCGGCCUCUUCCCUCGCCAAAUGACCCGUUGUUUAACCUGUGGCCUUCGUCCGAAGAAAGACCAAACGAACGAAGAAAUUAGAAAGAAUUUUUGGUUAUAUAUCAGCGGGAGAGGCGCUGUAUCUACUUCGCAAUUACAUAUACAUUAUCAUAAUACACCGGUGGAUCAGCAACAAUUGGCACAGGCGGGCGCACCGAUUGGACUAUCGCCGAUAACAAGUCCGGGAGGACAGCAUCAGGGGUACUGGCCACAGCAACAACAACAGGCUCAAUGGGGCCAUACCGGGUAUGGACAGCAUCCUCCACCUGCGUAUCAGCAAGGGUAUGGGCAUGGUGUCGGUGGGGAGUAUAUUUCUCCUGGACAGUAUGCUGCUCCGCAGAGGUAUGAGGCUUAUGAGCAGCAGCAGCCGUUUUUGGAGAUGGAGGAUACGGGGAAGAAGAAGUAG